AAAAAAAAAGAAGAAAACAGCAUGCCUCCCCUACGAUUUUCCUUUUUUUACUUUUUUGUUUUCUAGCCAAGGAACCACCCGUCAUCUUUUCUUGUCCCGCUCGGCCAGCUCCAUUCCUUCUCCUCCUCCUCUUUCCUUGCGCGAAGGAGAGGAGGAGGAAGCGCUUCGCCUGUAUUAUCCUAUAGCUUUCACCAAGCCCACGAACCACCGUCGUCGUCUUGCCGGAGCAAGCAAGCGCGGAGUAGAGCAAAUGGCUAGCGAGGAGCGGAUCUUGGUGUCGGUGCGACUGCGGCCGGUGAACGCACGAGAGGCGGAGCGCGGUGAUGGCUCCGACUGGGAGUGCACGAGCACGACCACCCUCAUGUUCCGCGGCAACAUCCCUGAGCGCGCCAUGUUCCCCGCCUCCUACACCUACGACAGGGUGUUCAACCCGAAGUGCAGCACGCGCCAGGUGUACGAGGAAGGGGCUAAGCAGGUGGCCCUGUCGGUGCUCAGCGGCAUCAAUUCAAGCAUAUUUGCGUACGGUCAGACGAGCAGCGGGAAGACGUACACGAUGGUCGGCAUCACGGAGCGCAGCAUGUCAGACAUCUACGACUACAUUGACAAGCAUCCCGAGAGGGAAUUCGUCCUGAAAUUUUCGGCGAUGGAGAUAUACAACGAAGCCGUGAGGGAUCUCUUAAGACCUGAUGCAACACAACUAAGGCUACUGGAUGAUCCAGAGAAAGGAACUGUGGUAGAGAAACUCACCGAGGAAACUCUCAAGGACAAAGGCCAUCUCUUGGAGCUCCUUGCAGUGUGUGAAGCUCAAAGACAGAUCGGGGAAACUUCUAUGAAUGAAGCGAGCUCCAGAUCUCAUCAGAUACUCAGAUUGACGAUCGAGAGUUCAGCAAAGCAGUUCAUGGGACGAGGAAACUCAAGCACCCUUCUGGCUUGUGUGAAUUUUGUUGAUUUAGCAGGAAGUGAGCGUGCCUCUCAGACACAAUCAGCUGGUAUGAGGCUUAAGGAAGGCAGCCACAUUAACAGAAGCCUGCUAACUUUGGGAAAGGUCAUUCGCCAACUCAGCAAGGGAAGAAAUGGGCAUAUCCCUUACAGAGAUUCAAAGCUCACUCGCAUAUUGCAGUCAUCUUUAGGCGGCAACGCGAGAACUGCUAUUAUCUGCACAAUGAGCCCAGCACACUGCCAUAUCGAGCAGUCCAGGAACACACUUUUGUUUGCAAAUUGUGCUAAAAAUGUAGUUACUGACGCAAAGGUCAAUGUGGUGAUGUCUGACAAGGUGUUAGUGAAACAUCUUCAGAGAGAAAUUGCAAGGCUAGAGAAUGAGUUGAAGUUUCAUGGAUCAGCCUAUACCAGCAAUCAUGCUGAUGCUUUGAGAGAAAAAGAUGAGCUGAUCAAACAGCUCGAAGAACAAUUGAAGGAAUUGAUGGGGCAGAAAGAAACCGUUCAGUCUCAACUUGACAAUUUUCGUAGAGUUGCAAUAGAUGAAAAUUUUGAUGACCAUGCAAUAAGACAAUGGGAUCAACGAAAUAGGUCUUCAGAGUCCCUUCCACAUAAUGUGUCUGAAGAUGCUCUUUCUUCUUUUGAUACUUACGAUGUUGUUUAUGGAGAACAAGAUGGUCUAGGCCCAAAAGCAUUUGAUGUACAUCCAAUAUCUAUCUUGCAUCAACCAAGAAACCAUAUUUCUGAUAACAUUCAGAUAUAUCAACCAAAUAAGGAGGCUUCCUCAGAGGUCUCUGAGGAGCAUUGCAAGGAAGUCCAGUGCAUCGAAACAAAUGAGCUUAGGAGGAGUCCAUUAUUCUUUCCUGUUGAUCGAUAUCAUGUUGGCACAAACAUUGAUGAAGGAAAGCAUGAUGAAAACAUAACGGACACAUCAGACAGUGCCAUCAAAUUGUACACAUGUGAUUCUGAGCCAUCUUCUGAUACCGAAAAAACAAAUAAUGAUGAAUCUUUAGCCCUGAAGAGGUGCGUGAUAAGCUCUAGGGAUAGUGUACUAACUAGAAGCAGAAGUUGCAGAGCUAGCUUUAUGGUCAUUCCAAAUAGUUGGUUUGGUGAUUCGUUGGAUAUGAGAAUGACAAGACCAGGUGACAUUUUCAAAUAUUCUCAAAGAAGGCCAAAGAACGUUAGGAGUUUGUAUCCUGAAAAUGGUCAUUGUUCAAAUGAUCUUACAUUCACUUGUAAUGAAGAAGAUGAAGACGCCAUCAACAAUGUCGUUGGCAUAACAAAAGUGGAAGAGAAGUUAGAAGAGUGUUGUACAUCCCAGCUAGAGGGCAAUCAGGAUGACGUUACUGAAGAAAUUUUGGACAUAAAACAUGCCAAUGAUGUUGAUAAAGAUAUAUCAGUGACCAGUGUCGACUCUCCUUCACGGUGGCCUAUUAACUUUGAGAAAAAACAGAAGGAAAUCAUUGAGUUGUGGCAUGAAUGCAAUGUAUCUAUAGUACACAGAACAUAUUUCUUCCUCCUCUUUAAGGGGGACAAAGAAGACAAUAUUUACUUGGAAGUGGAGCACAGAAGAUUAUCCUUCAUUAAAAGUUCUUUCAGUGUUGCAUCUGAGGCUAAUGCUGCUGCUACAUCAAGCUUGAGAAAUCUUCGGCAUGAAAGAGACAUGUUGUACAGGCAAAUGCUAAGGAGACUCAAUCUUUUGGAAAGAGAGAGCCUUUACAACAAAUGGGGGAUCGAUCUUAAUUCCAAACAACGAAGACUACAGCUAUCACGUCGCAUCUGGACACAGACUGACAUGGAACACGUGAGGGAAAGUGUCGCUCUUGUCGCAAAACUAGUAGAACACCUGGAGAAGGGGCAGGUCAUCAAGGAGAUGUUUGGGUUGACCUUCACACUGAACCCACAAGCUGAACGAAGACCUUUUCAGUUGUGUUAGUGCUCAUUCCUAAACUAAGCAUUGCGAUAAUGACAAUUAUGAUGGUUGAAUGUCUGGAUGAGACAACAACAAUGGCAUAAUGGUAAACGAUGAAUACAUAGUAAUAUAGAUCUCUUGUCGGGUCUGAACUCAUCCCAACAUUGGUUUUCACCAAUGUCUGCAUAUAAUUAGUAUCACUUAUUAUACAGACGUGCAUGGUGAUGCCAACCCUUUGCACCUAACUAUAUGAUGUGUUGGACUAUGGUACUAUCAAAAGCAAACCACAUGAGAUGACAACCCUUGCACCCAAUUGUAUGAUGUAUUGCUAUUCUGAUAUUUUCUACAUCAAAUAUAUAUCUAAUCUACUUGAUUGUUUUGUAA